AGACAUACACAGAUUUUCUAUUCGGACAUAUUUUCACAUCCCAAGCCAUCCUCGCUCUCUCUCUCUCUCUCUCUCUCUCUCUCUGCGCUAAAACAUUGAUUCAAGGUAGAGAUUCGUGCGACGUCGUUUCGUGACCCCAAAUCCUUUUCAUGAUCGGAACCCGGGCUUCAGAGUCGGAGAUUUAGAUUUCAAAACGGUGCUGUUUCGGUAGUUAGGGUUUUCUAAAGGGGUUGUUUUCAUGGGGCUCGGGAACGACGACCUUUCGGUGGUCGACGAGAGCGCUGAUGACGCUGGCGUUGGCGGUGGUGGUGGAACCGGAGGCAAAGGCUUCGGCUUGGUGUCGUGCUCGAUUUGCCUUGAGGUGGUUGCUGAUAAUGGAGAUAGAUCUUGGGCCAAGCUUCAAUGCGGCCACCAAUUCCAUCUCGAUUGCAUUGGUUCAGCAUUUAAUAUAAAGGGUGCAAUGCAGUGCCCUAAUUGUAGGAAGAUUGAAAAGGGCCAAUGGCUUUAUGCUAAUGGCUGUCGCUCUUUUCCAGAAUUUAGUAUGGAAGACUUGACCCAUGAUGAAGAUCUUUAUGAUCUAGGCUACUCUGAAAUGUCAUUCGGGGUUCACUGGUGUCCAUUUGGUAGCUUAACGCGACUUCCUUCAUCGUUUGAGGAAGGGGAAUUUUCGUCAAGCUCGUAUCAUGAUCUACUGGGACAACAUGCUAUCUUUGCUGAUCAUACAGCUGUAUCAUCGGCUACUCAUCCUUGCCCAUAUAUUGCUUACUUUGGACCAAUGCCUCCAUCAUCCUCAAAUUCCAAUGGAAGUGUUUCAGAGACUUCUAACCUAAACAAUCAGUGGGGCCCAUCCGUUCCUAGUGAGAUGCCAACUUCCUAUGCUUUUCCUGGCAUGGAUCUUCAUUAUCACAGUUGGGAGCACCAUUCUUCUCCCUUCCCUGCAACCAAUAGUCGUAUUGCUGCAGCUGAUCAACCUUCCAUCCUACCUGUUGCUCAUAGGUCGGCAAGGACCAGCUCUGAUAUACCAAGAUCAGGAUCUUUUAUGCAUCCAUUUGUCGGUCACAGUUCUGGUGGUAGACCAGGGAGCUCAGUGGCUUCUUCAAUGAUUCCACCUUAUCCAGGCAGUAAUGCUCGAGCCCGUGAUAGAGUCCAAGCUCUCCAGGCAUACUAUCAGCAACAACAACCAAGCAAUUCAACUUCCAUGCGUACACCCAGCACCCGAAGAACCAGCAGCCAUAGAGGCUUGGCUCAAGUAGGGCCAGUGGCUUCGUCAUCUGAUCAGACGAGUGGCUUCUAUCUUGUUCCACCAGGUCGCAACUUUCAAGAAGCAGAAAAUCCUUUGUCAAAUCGAUUCCAUUCAUGGGAAAGAGAUCAUUUGCCUUCAUUCUCGAUGCCCCAGGUUGACAGAGACUCAGGUUGGGGGACAUAUCACCAGGCUGCUGGUGGGUCAGAUACUAGUAUCAGGUCCAGCGCAUACGCAUUCCGGCAAAGGCAUGGAUCCGAAAGGACACCUGCACAAAAUCGGUCAUAAACUUUAUUGCUUAUCCUUUCCCGCUGAAGCAAACUACCACUAUGCUGAAACCAAAAAUUAUGUAUGCUUGAGAAAUGAUAUAUCAUGCUUGGAGUCUGUCAGGUCAUGGCAGACUCAAAAUACUGUGGAGUGGCUCCAAAAACCAUAUUUUUGGCAGGCCACAUGGUGGUGUGAUCAUGGACUUUCGCUUCCUCUUGUUUCUCUGCCUUUGCGGAUAUAAAAAUAAGAUCAUAUGUUGGGUGGCAAAAAUAGGAUUUGAGCAGUUAUCUUGCCAUUUUCAAAUCAGGUUGAAUCACCCACAAUCGGACUCUUGCUCUUGAGAAGCCCGGAGCUGUGCCUCAGAAUUACUGCUGAGUGGGUGCACUAUUUAUGUCCAAAAACAUAGCCUGGUUUCCUUUGCGAACACUUGUGAAGUUAUUGAGUAAAGGAAACUUGUAUAAAAGAUCAGUUUGUGCUCAAUUUGCCCAACUUUUCUGUUGGUGUUGGUUUUUUUUAUAAAUAAGCUUUUUACGUCAGAA